AUGGCUGCAUCAGUACCAAGCGCAGACCCAGACCCCUUCACCACAUUGUGCUCCCUGCUACGUCCCGAUGAGAUAAUUACCCCCCAGUCCCCGGACUAUGAGGCAAGCAUCCAGACAUGGGCAGCCCAGAAGCAGGCACGCCCCCGUCUGGCAAUCCGGCCCACCUCGGUCGAAGCCCUGGCCAAGGCCAUCAGCUAUCUGUACACCACGAGCCUGGACUUUGCGAUCUAUGGCCAGGGAUUCAGCUCUGCUUCAGCCAAGGACGUCGUGGUGAAUACCUCGGCGUUCGAUGAUUUUCACUUUGAUCCGCAAGCCGAGGUGGUGACCAUUGGUGCCGGUCAGACAUGGUCCGCCGUGUAUCACAAGCUGGCUAAGGCGGCGCCACAAUAUGGAAUCGUGGGAGCUCGCACGCCUUGUGUAGGCGUCGCGGGAACCAUCGUCAGCGGUGGCUAUUCCUGGCUUUCCAGCGAGUAUGGCUGCAUCUCUGACACCGAAAACAUGCUGGAUGCGAAAGUGGUCAAAUGCGACGGCUCGGUGGUCUGGGCGUCUUCAGAGCCGGAGUUGCUGUGGGCACUGCGUGGUGGCGGGGGUGGCUUUGGUGUGCUGGCCCAGGUCAAGCUCCGAGUCUUCCGCUACCCGCAGAAUAUCUGGGCAGGUCCGAUCCUGGUCCCUCGCGAGAGACUGGAGGAGGUCGCAGAGGGCAUUGAGAAAUUCUUGGCACAACCGGUCGACCCAAAGAUCACUAUGUUCCUGUACGUGGUCAAGGGCCGACUGCUUCAGUCGAUUGGCACCGACUCGGAUAUGUUGGUAAUCCAUUCUUUCGACGCUAAUGGGGAAGAGCACGGUCGACAAGCGUUUCGGUGGGCAUUGGAUAUCCCUGGAGCUAUUGACCAGACCAAGAUUACUACGCUCGCCGGCGUUGCCAAUUUGCAAGACAAGGCCGGUAUCGUCAAAGGCACUAUGAAACAGUUCUGGCAGCCAUUGUUGGUGCAGGAGAUAUCUAAAGAGAUCGUCAUCAAAGCGAUUAAAUGGUUCGAAGAGGUGCAGAAGGUCGACGAGUCGUUCGGCGAUUGCACAUAUCUUAUCUUCGAGCUACUGAGCUCGCGCGAUCCGGCGGCAGGGAGUGCGAGCUCUGCCUGGCCACGUCCCAAGGGUGCGAAGCAUAUUCUGCUCCUCGGUACCGGAUGCCCUUCGGACGCUGGGCCAAGCAAAGAGAAGCUGGCUCGCGAUCUAGCUAUCGAAGCUCCAUCCAAGGUCUUAGAAAACAGUACGGACGUCCAUGUGUUACCCAAUGGUAUCGAGGACUAUCAUGAUCCGACGAAGAUAUGGGGCCCUCAUGUUGCCAAACUACAGAGCUUGGGAGUGCGAUACGACCCACGUAGGAGAUUCAAGGGGGCCGUGAAUCCGUAG